GAUACGUCUAACGGAAUGACAGCAUCCUUCAAACAUUCAUAAGGAGGCUUCACAGAUUGUAGAAACUGGUGGAAAUUUGUCGUCGGGGCUAAAACAACACACCGAUCGGACUCGACCCCUGGUUUAAACCACGUUGUAGGUGGAGCUUCAAACGCUUGAGUCCGGUUCCGCUCUCGACGCCUGUGUGUGUGUGUAUGUGUGUGUCUGAGCUCGCCAGUGUGAUCGUUUGAUUAAGGUAGAAAUGAAAUGAGAGAGAAGAGCCCCCGUUGAGGAAGUGAGAUGAUAACAUAACGGCGCCUGUACUACAACAUUUGCCUGUGUCUUCGCUCCCUGGACUGCAAUGCCUCCACAACGAGUGUUCACCCUGCCGCGGCAGCAAUCUCUGCUCCUGCCUGCGGUCAUCAACCCGUUUGUACAGGACACAAAACUAACCAAAGCUACUAUAAUUAAAUGUGUCCUCCUGGGAAUCUUCCUGGUCCCUGUUCGCGCCAUCCUGUUGUCUCUGGUUCUCAUGGUGACAUGGCCAGUGUCUGUCAUAAUAACCUUCAAGCAUCCUCUGAAAGGAGCUGUGGAGCCAAUGAAAGGCUGGAGAAGGUUCAUGUGUCAGAGGAUAAUGGCUGCCUUGGGGAGAACUUACUAUUUCUGCAUGGGCUUCAGAGUGGUGGUCAAGGGCAAGCAGGUCAACAGCAGUGAGGCCCCCAUCCUGGCUGUUGCCCCCCACUCCACCUUUUUCGAUGGGAUUGUGUGCAUUAUUGCAGGCCUGCCCUCUACCGUCUCCCGUGUUGAGAACCUGGCUACACCCAUCUUUGGCAGGUUUGUGCGCUGUCUCCAGCCAGUGCUCGUGUCCAGAAAGGACCCAGAUUCACGGAAGAAUACAAUCCAAGAGAUUGACAGCAGAGCCAAGUCAGGAGGCCGCUGGCCUCAGGUUUUGAUAUUUCCAGAGGGAACAUGUACAAAUCGCUCAUGUCUUAUCACUUUCAAACAAGGUGCCUUUAUCCCAGCAGUCCCCGUGCAGCCUGUGCUGAUAAGGUAUCCCAACAAACUGGAUACAGUGACUUGGACUUGGCAGGGUUACAGCUCGAAGACACUGCUGCUUCUAACGCUGUGCCAGCUGUACACCACCGUAGAGAUAGAGUUCUUGCCGCCGCAUAUCCCCACAGAAGAGGAAAGGAAAAGCCCAGCUCUGUUUGCCAGCAGAGUGCGAGAAACUAUGGCCAGAGCUUUGGGAGUUCCAGUAACAGACCACACAUAUGAAGACUGCCGCUUGAUGAUCUCAGCUGGUGAGCUAACUCUGCCCAUGGAGGCCGGCCUGGUUGAGUUCACCAAAAUUAGCCGCAAACUCCAACUGAAGUGGGACAACGUGAAAAAAGAGCUGGAGGGCUUUGCGGCCAUGGCCAGCUCCUGUAGGGGAGGACGGAUCACCAUUGAGGAGUUUGCCGGAUUCCUCAAGCUACCUGUCACCCCACCCCUCGAGGAGCUGUUUGCACUGUUUGACAGGAAUAGAGAUGGCACCAUCGACUUCAGAGAGUACGUUAUAGGCGUGACCAUCCUGUGUCGGCCAGCGAACACUGAAGACGUUCUUCGAAUGGCUUUCCAGCUGUUUGACACAGAUGAGGAUGAGAAAAUCACCCGAGAGGAGUUUACUGCUCUGCUGCGCUCCGCUCUGGGUGUGUCGGAUCUAAACAUGGCCAAGCUCUUCAAGGAGAUUGAUGCUGACGGCUCUGGUUUCAUCACCUUCAGUGAAUUUCAAAGCUUUGCCAUGAGCCACCCGGAGUACGCAAAGCUCUUCACCACCUACCUGGAGCUUCAGAGAUAUCAAGCAAUCCAGGAGUCGAGGCCAGGUGAUCUGGAACUGGCUGGUCAGACCAGUUCAGGAGAAAAACAGGAAGACAGCAUCUCUGACAAGAAAGAUGACUGAGACGGACGACGACUGUAAACCCUGCUUGACUGCACAGACAGACAGAAAACUGUAUUCACUGCACUGAGAAGGAAAAGGCUGUGUCCAGCGACUUUUAGCAAAUUCAAGACAUUUGCUACAGCAGAGCCAUAUUAUAGGUCAUGUGCUUGCCUUUGUACAGACAUGGGUUUUAGAGUGCUUCUAUUUUCAAUUUUAGUGCCUUAUAGAGAUUUUAAAGAACAACUCCCCAAUCACUGCACAACAAAUAUCUAAUUGCAGACUAUUUCCAUCUGUAAAGAUUUGUGUGUGUGUGGUGUGUGUGUGUGUGUGUGCGCACGCGUGUCUGUGUGCUUUGGUUAGGAAAAAAUACAAAAAAACUAAAAUAAAUGAAAAUCUAGUCAAUGUUGACAUGAAAUUGUCAGAAAACUCAUCAGUGUUUUAGUCAACUGUCUGAACCCUGCUGCCUUUAGAAUUCUAAUGUUAGUGACAGUGUUUUAUGAUGUACUUAAAUAUUUUCUCCUGAUUAUCGUAAACUGCCACACCAUGUUUGUGUGAUACACCAUGCUCUGUAGCCUGAGCUUGCUACCCCUUGCUUGGAUCGUAGCUUUGUGAACCUCCUUUGUCUUUGUGGUUUUCUGUAAAUGAGUGGAGAAAUUGCCAAACCAACACCUUUUCAAAUAUAAAGCAAAAGAGUCCUCGUGCUUCUGUUUUAGCGUAUAAUUAGUGUACAGUAAGCUUUAUUAAGAUCUCUCUAACCUGGCAACAUGCAGAUGUUCUGUAUUAAGGCUAUGCCUACCAAGAGCAUACAUGCUGUGUGUUACACUUUUUUCCAGCGCUCAGGGACACAGACCUUGUAAGACGGCUGUAUAAUUAGCCAGAGGUUUGCUUUGCAUGUGUAUCUAUUUGCAUUUCUACAGAAGAUUGUUUUGCUGAGACAGCAGCGUAUCUGCGCAGCUUUAAGUUUACUAAAGCAAAUCAAGCAAUGAAAAUAGGGCAAUUUGUGAGCAAAAAGGCACCAGUGCUUCUUCACAACAUAUUCCAGUGGGGUAUCCUUUCAGAUUAACUAGCACCAAUGUUAUUUAUUUAGCAGGGUGGGUUGCAAUUAUGUGAUUUUUUUUUUUUCCUUUUUUGUUAGCUCUGCAAAGUUCGCUUUUUAAAAUAAAACAAGAAUACAAUUUUAA